AUGUUUAGAUCUACUGCUAAAGCAGCUAAUCCUUUAGUUCAAAAAUUUAUUGCCGGUUCUGUUGGUGUCACCGGUUUAACUGCAUCAUAUUUAUUAUAUCAAGAUUCAGUUACUGCUAGUGCCAUGACGGCCGCAGAACAUGGGUUACAUCCACCAGCUUACGGAUGGUCGCACAAUGGGAUGUUUGACACAUUUGACCAUGCUUCUAUUAGAAGAGGAUACCAGGUUUACCAAGAAGUUUGUGCUGCUUGUCACUCAUUGGAAAGAAUUGCUUGGAGAAACCUUGUUGGUGUUUCCCACACCACUACUGAAGCCAAGGCGUUCGCUGAAGACUUGGAAUACGACGACGAACCAGAUGAUGAAGGUAAGCCAAGAAAGAGACCAGGUAAGUUGGCUGAUUACAUCCCAUCGCCAUACGAAAACGAACAAGCUGCUAGAGCUGCCAACCAAGGGGCUUUACCACCAGAUUUAUCAUUAAUUGUCAAGGCCAGACACGGAGGAUGUGACUACAUCUUCUCGUUAUUGACCGGUUACCCAGACGAUCCACCAGCUGGUGUUGUGUUACCAGAAGGUUCCAACUACAACCCAUACUUCCCAGGUGGGGCCAUUGCUAUGGCUAGGGUUUUGUUCGAUGAUUUAGUUGAAUACGAAGAUGGUACUCCAGCCACUACCUCGCAAAUGGCCAAGGAUGUUACCACAUUCUUGAACUGGGCUUCUGAACCUGAACACGAUGACAGAAAGAAAUGGGGUUUGAAGGCUCUUAUUAUUGUUUCUUCCUUGUACUUAGUAUCCGUUUGGGUCAAGAAAUUCAAAUGGCAACCAAUCAAGAAUAGAAAGAUCAGAUUCGACCCCCCAUCUAAAAGAAAAUAG